AACUGGGCAGCAAAGUAGAGAGGGAAGGAGGAAACCUGGAGGGAAUAAGAGGCUCCAUCAAAACAAAAGGAAUCGUAUUUAGAAAGCAUUUAACCUUUUAAAUAUGGCUACAAGAGAAAAACUGUGAAAUCGGAGGACUUUUGAGCAUGCUCGCUGGCUGAUGUAAAAUCCGAUUGCCAGCUUCUCCUGGAUUCGCUCAUCGAAGUUUUGGCUGAAGAAGUUCACAGCGGACGACUAGUUGUUAACGUUAUCACCGGGGCUGUCGUCGAACUAUAACAUAGCCUAGCACAACAAAAGGAGAAGACAUGGUGUCCUGGAUCAUUUCGAGAAGCGUUGUGCUGCUGUUUGGGACGCUGUAUCCUGCAUACUACUCUUACAAAGCUGUCAAGACCAAAAAUGUCAAGGAAUAUGUCCGGUGGAUGAUGUACUGGAUUGUGUUUGCCCUCUACACUGUUGUGGAGACCAUCACUGACCUAACACUAGCAUGGUUUCCUCUGUACUAUGAGCUGAAGAUAGCUUUUGUGAUCUGGUUGCUGUCCCCCUACACCAGAGGAGCAAGUCUUAUUUACAGGAAGUGCUUGCACCCUCUGCUGUCCUCCAGAGAGAGGGAAAUAGACGAGUAUAUUGUCCAGGCCAAAGAGAGAAGCUAUGAAACCAUGGUGAACUUUGGCAAACAGGGACUGAGCAUCGCAGCCACCGCCGCCGUCUCUGCAGCUGUCAAGGGUCAGGGAGCCAUCACAGAGAAGCUGCGUAGCUUGAGUAUGCACGACCUCACGCAGAUAAACCAGCAGGACGACCGAGGAAACCAGCUGUACCAGUACAGCUCCCACUCAGCCAACCCGGCCGUUAGGAGAUCUCAGAGCAGUGACGCCGCAGACGGAGCUGAAUACUUCUAUGAGCAGGAGGAGAGGACAGAUGAAGAGGCUGAGCCAACCUUCUCUGAAGACGAGGCUGUCACACAGAAAGGACUGAGGCGAUCACAGAGCGUCAAGAUCUCACGAUCCAGAGUCCGCAAAGAUGCUCGUUAUGGAUCACUGAAAAUUAAAGGCAAGAAGAGACCAGCACUGAGCUCUGUGAACUACGGACUGUGAAGAGACUACUGCUGACACACACACACACACGCACACGCACACACACACACACACACACACCUGCAUAUACACACAGCAGAGCAGUCUGCUGAUUGGUGGAUGGUGUUGUCAGUUUGUUUUUCAGCUCUGACUUUUCACUCUGCUGAACUUUUUGAUGUCCUUUCUGUUGACAUAUUUAUUACCAGAUUCAUUCAAAACCAGUGGCUCUGAGAGAUUUUGCUCUUGGAGGACUUUAAUAAUUUCCUUUGGGUUGAUAAGACUUUUGUAUGAAACAUGUGUCUUUGUCAUCAGACUUUCAUUAAAAUUGUAGACUUAUUAUGUCUUCGUAGUUUUUCCAAAUUUAGAUUCAUUUAGCCACAUUUAGUUUAGUUUCAUACAAGUUACGUGGUAAAUAAGGCAUUCUCUGUGUGUGCAAAACCUGUAACUAACGGCUACACUAGUGUUUAAAUCAUUUAAGUUGCUUUAUAGCACAGUCGUAAACCAUUAAUAAGAACUUUUUGGUUGUCAGGUUGUGAAAAAUCCCUGUAGUUCUUGUUCAUCUUCCUCUAAUGUGACCCUUUUAGUCUUUUUAGCUUCAUCAUGGAGACUGUCCCAGUGGUGUCACCCUUUGGAAAACAUGAACAAAAACUCACUUGAUAGAUUGUUUCUUCACUUUUUAACAUCAUGCCUUGGGGAAAAAGUGAGAACCGUGACUUUUUAUUCAAGCUCAGCUGUUUAUAUGCUGAAGUGUUAAACAUCUAACAAGCUUUAUCAGGUCAUUCUGGAGAAUUUGAUAGCGACAUGAGCAUCACUUUACAUUUUACAGCUGAACCAUUGUUUAUGCUCCUCUGACCAACAGCGGCUACAUUUAGCAAACUCUGGUAAAGAAAUGACUGUGUAACUAACAGUAUUGAGUUAGUUCCCUGACUUUAUAGCUUUGUUUAUUCUCAUGUUACAUGCUUUACUUUAGCAAGCUGCGAAUACAGCUCAAGAAAUCUCAGUUAAAUUUAUUGGAAGUGCCUCCUGUGGCCGCAGUGGCUGCUGUUUGGAAACAUGAACACAGUCUUACUUUAAAGGUACAGUUCAAAGUGGAUCUAUUAACUGUGGGUAAUGUUAGAAGAUCACUCAAAGAAUUGUCAACAACUCCAUAGUUCUCCUCUGCUGGAUUGAGCUUUAUAGUGAAUUCCAGCCCAGUGUUUCAGCAGCAGACAGCUGACUGCCAUGAAAAAUUGCUGUACACAGGUUAAAAGUAGAAUAUUAAAUGUUGAGCUUUACUGGCUUCAAAGACUUGAACACAUUUGGAGCUGCAAACGUCACAUAACCUGACAAACCAAACUUUGCUCUAUGAAUGGCAUAUAAGUGACCUGUAAGGCAUUGCUGAUGAUUUCAUUAUCCAUUUAGUCAUGUUUUUCCUUUAGCUUAAAACUUCUUUAUAGGAUUCACCUUUUUAAAAAGAGGCACCGUUACUUCUGUUGCUGUUCAGGUAGUUUAUCAACUUGUUCCUAGUUGAACUUCUGACAGUAGUGUUGAGUCUGUUAACUUAUACAUGGAGACUAUUUUUACAUUGAGGGUUACUUGUAGGCUCAGACACUUGUAACAUUCCCUGUCACAGCACUAACAGUAAUAGUUACGACAUAAACAUUUGUACUUUAGGCAAGAGCUGAGUCGUGGAACUGAUUCUCGAGGUGGCAGGUUAGUGUGCCAUCUUAAAGCAAUGGUGGUUGCAGCACUGAUGUGGUCACUUCGACGGGUGAUUAAAGCUGCCUUCUUUCAAAAAGAAACAGACUUGAACCACUCUCAACAGCAGCAGAUGAACACUACACCGUACUCUUGUCAGACAAUAGAGAUGGUGUGUACAGAUGAGAGAAAGGGAAAUGGAAACCAAAUGAAUGGAAGAAAAAUGCUUCUUUCAGGUUUCUGUGAGAAACUGUUUCAGCCUUUGUGAAGGCCUGUACCACCUACUCACUAUUAAUGAGAAUUUCUUAAUUUCCUGCUUUUUAAUCAUGCAUUUUUAUAUGACUGUGUGUCCUGAUUGCACCCUGGUUGUAAAUUUCUAGCUGUAUUUCUUACUCAGUGAAGAUUAGCUUUUUUUUUUUUAAAUGUUGUUUUUUUGUGUGUAAUCUUAAGUCUUUUGUAUCAUAACCACCUGUUUUGCACAUAUACCUCCUCCCAGACCUUUUUAUCGAUGCUGUUGUUGCUUGUCAUCUCAUUUUAUAAUGUACUUUGCUGCGGGAGGAUGGAGCACACAGGAUGGGCCGAACCAUUCUGGAUGCUAAUAGUAACAGCUACUUACUGCAUUUCUGAGUGUACCAUGUUGUUGUACAGCGCUACACUGCUCACAAGCUGCAGAAAGAAAGAAUCAAAGGGUCCAUUUAUUGUUGUUUCUCUGGCAGAAACUCCUUCGAAAGUGUCAGUGUGUUACCGAUUCAGCAGCAUGUGUCCUAUAACGAAGUGACUUUUAUCAAAGGUCUGGUUACCAGGACCGGGAACACAGCGAGCCAAACUUGCACACACCCCAUGUUCAUGCUCAUAACUGACUAAUGAUACCAAAGCUUCAUGUACCCACCCAGAGCUGUGUGGAUGGGGUUGUUUGAUCUGAGUGGGAAAAUGUCUGGUGUGUGGAUUGCUGAAUUGUAAAAGCAAUAAAAUAAAGGCUGCCCGAUUUACAGUAAGGGCGACAAAUAAA